AUGCGCGCCCGCGAACUGCCGCUCGUCCUGCUGGCACUGGUCCUCUGCCAGGCGCCCCGGGUCCCCGCCGCCCCGGUGCCGGCGGCCGGGGAGACCAUGCUGGCCAAGAUGUACCCGCGCGGCAACCACUGGGCGGUGGGGCACCUAAUGGGGAAAAAGAGCACAGGAGAAUCCCCAUAUGUCUACGAGGGAGGGAGCCCGAAGUACCAGCUGCGGCAGCACAUCCUGUGGGAAGAAGCUUUGAGGACUCUGCUAAGCCUCGUAGAAGGAAAGGGGACAGGAAGCCACCAAUCACCUCCGCGGGGCAUCCCUGGGUAUUCUCCAGUCUACUCCAGAUUCCGAUUCCAAGGAUAG